CGCCUCCAUCCUCCUCCUCUCUCCUUCCCUCCCUCCCCUGCGUCGCAGACUCGCAGUCGCAGUUGGUUCCGCCUCUCCCUUCCUUCCCGUGGCUCUACUCCAGUUCCAUUCUCAGUCGCAGUUGCAGUUGCAAAUCGAACUCCCUCCAGCAACCGCUAGAGCCUCCUCUUCUCUUCUCUUCUCCUCUCUUGUCUUCUCCAACCGCUGCCGCCUGGCCCCCGUGCCGCGCCGCCGGCCGCCUGCCAUGGGGAACUGCGCCAGCGCCAUCGACGCUUUCGUCCAGCGCGGCAACAGGGCGUCGCCGUCGCCGUCGUCGGCCGCUACUCCUGGAAUGUCUGCAUCGAGGAGGACUAGUAGCUCUGCCACCACAGGGAAGCUGUCAACGAUUAGCAGCACCAGCACCUUCAUGCCGUCCACAGUUAGUGGUGUCAGCGUCGACGACGAUUACCCAGAGGGCCAGAUUCUUGAGUCUCCGAACCUCAAGAUAUACACCUUUGCGGAACUCAAGAGCGCCACCAAGAACUUCAGGCCUGAGACUGUGCUUGGGGAGGGUGGAUUCGGCAAGGUUUACAAGGGAUGGGUUGAUGAGAAGACUCUGAACCCGUCAAAGGCUAGCACUGGCAUCAUGGUUGCCGUCAAGAAGCUCAAUCCUGAGAGCGUGCAGGGAAUGGAACAAUGGCAGUCUGAAGUCAAUUUCCUCGGGAGGAUUUCACAUCCCAAUCUUGUCAAACUCUUGGGCUAUUCCAUGGAUGACAACGAGCUACUACUCGUAUAUGAGUUCAUGUCAAAGGGGAGCUUGGAGAACCACCUGUUCCGAAGAGGGGCGGUUUCUGAGCCGCUGCCUUGGAGCCUCAGGCUGAAGAUUCUCAUUGGUGCAGCUCGUGGCCUCGCAUUUCUUCAUUCAUCAGAAAGGCAGAUCAUCUACCGAGACUUCAAGGCUUCCAACAUCUUACUGGAUUCGCACUUCAACGCGAAGCUCUCAGACUUCGGAUUAGCCAAGCAUGGUCCAGAUGGUGGGGAGUCUCAUGUGACAACAAGAGUCAUGGGAACCUAUGGCUAUGCAGCUCCAGAGUAUGUUUCUACCGGCCACCUGUAUGUGAAGAGUGAUGUGUAUGGCUUUGGUGUUGUACUACUGGAGAUGAUCUCUGGUCUGAGGGCGUUGGACCCAAGCCGCCAGAGCGAGAAGGUGAACUUGGUAAACUGGGCAAGGCCAUUGUUGUCUGACCGGAGGAAGCUUAGCCAGCUGAUGGACAGUGGGCUGGAGGGGCAGUACAAUCCCAAAGGAGCCCUCCUGGCUGCUCAGCUGACCCUCAAGUGCCUGAACGGUGACCCAAAGAGCCGGCCAUCCAUGAAGGAAGUGGUGGAGGCACUGGAGAAGAUCGAGUCCGUGAAGAGCAGGGUGAUGAGGGAGCCCAGGAACAGCUCCUCGUCCUCGCGUCGCAGUCAGGUGCAGUCCCCUAGGAGUGACAGCGCUAGGAACAACUCCAGCUCCAGGGGCAGGUAGAUGCAUGGCAUGGUCAUGAGGACAUUUAGGAUGAACUGAUCGAUUCUGAUGCGGAGGUACGUUGUAAAGGUAGUAGACCACAAUUUUUGUUGUCAUGACGAAGUUUACGGCGAUCAUGAUGAUCAAUGUAACAGUGUAGCGGUACACAAAGAUGAUGACUUUUUAGUUGGCAUAUGCAUAAAAUUCAACCAUUCUUCCAUGGAAGUCUUGUCUGAGUUGAAUUGCAUCAGAUUGCACUUACAAUAGUUCCAGUCAUGGUCAUUCAGUCCA